AUGACAAUACUAAUUCUAGCUUCAUCUCGCUUUAAACCUUUACCAUUUCCACCCCAUCCUAAUUACCCAUAUAUCGUGAGGAAUGAAACAGUAUCACAACAACUGCAAUCUGACCACAAAAUGUCCGAUGCAGGCGAGCCAGCUCUUGUUCUGAAUGAUGAAGAACUUGAUCAUUUGACUCCGCAAGAACGACGCAGAUAUAAUGCCAUGCCAAGCUACACAGCAAAACUCGGGGGUUAUGCUUACUAA